CAGCUGUUCGGUGCCGGAAUUGCAGGCUGCUUUCGAAGCAGCCGAUGUUUUUGGAGGGCGCGCGAUUGAUCGAUCUAUCGCCUUAGCUACAGUCUGAACUAUGCUAAAUAUAAACCCACUUCGAGGCAACAGUUAUCUUCGUGUGUUGGAUGGGUACCCAUUGCAGUAACAAGCUAGGUUUCCCUGCAAGCUUGUACUGGAAUCACAUUCCGCCGGGUGAGAGCUGUUUUGGAGAUUGAGAGAAUCGAGUCAUAUCUAGAACGGUGAAAUUGCGGGUGUGAGUGGUGGUGUAUCGUUGCGAGGAAUGUAUGUCUAGUUGGGUUUGCCUGUGUAGUGAGGGGAGUAUGGUAGAUGUGAGUGUGGUUUUGGAGUUUGGUGGCUUGGGGCCGUCAUGAAAGUGGGAUGCAUGGAUUGUGCUUGCGGUUGAAGUUGCGGUGGAUUAGUUCCGGCAGGGAGCCGAUUCGAAGAUGAAGAGGUUAGCGAAGCAUUCAACUGUGCAAGGGGUGGUGUUCUCUCUUCUAUUUGCGAUAGUUCUCCUGAUUUCUCUUUCUGUGCUUCUGAAUCGAAUCUCUUUCGGGGUCUCUUCCAACCAAGGGUUUAAUCUCGCGGAGGUCUUCUCCGGGUCGCCUGCGAUCAAUGCUUCAGUCCCAGGCGCUGCGCCGUCGCUCGACAGUGGCGGCGACGCGUUGGAAAUACCCGACACAGACGCUGUUAUCACGAGCGAAGAGUUUGGCAAUUUCAGCUCUACGGCCCCUGUCGUAAACUCUCCAAGUCCACGUGAUCCGGUAUCAAAUAGAACCCGAACACAUAGCAGGAGUUCGCAUCUAGUUCCCGCUAAGUCGCCAGCCCCUGUGGAGGCAAAUGAUGAUGAUUCUGUCGAAGCGGCGAACGGCGAGAUACGAGACAACAGAUCCGAGGGUGAAGGCCCAAAAGGUCAGGUUGGCACAUUUUUCGAUCCAGAAGUACGAAACCCGCCACCGAUUGGGCCAGAGAGUGGUCUAGACGGCCCGGUUGUGGAUGGCCCAGAUGAGGAUGGCGUUAGUAGACUGGAACCUUCGGAGCUCACAAAAAUACCUCCAGAACUAUCACCGUUGCCGGGAUACUCUGGAGACGUUACUGUUAACUCUAGCCCGAUUGCGAUUUCUUCAUCAACGAAUGGAGUUUCUAACCAAACUCCGGUGCUCAACAGGGGUGAUGCGAGGCAACAGCGAAUGUUUCAGCCCGCUGGAUUGCCGCAUUACUCGUUUGUUAAGUUCAGCGCCUACCGGCAGUCACUGCGCACAUUCUUUGUUAACGGGAUAUCCUCGUACGUUGCCAGAAGCUUCGACAAAGACAAAGUUGCGCACACUUGCGAAUGGCACCCUGGGAAUGGAUCCCUACCCCUGUCAAUGCACACGGAUCCGGGUGCAUUCGUGGAAACGACGGCGGAGCAUAUUUACAUGAAGAGUGACGAGAAUAGAGGAACCUACAGUCCUACCAUCAUUAAUUGUACAUUCAAGGUGCCAGUGGGUGCGAAUCGCUUGGGCGGUUUGUUGGUGCUGCGAAUUUCCACAGGCUACGACCGCUGGGAAAAGAAUUUGCCCAUUUUGGCCCUCGAGGAGCAAGUCAAUGAGGUCAACAUUGUCUCAACUCCGCCGGAGAAGAUUCCAUUCAAGUAUGCCUUUUGUGGAGCUCCCAUGCACGGGACAGUGCGCGCAGACUGGAUUUUGCAUUGGAUGAAGUAUCACCAUUAUCUCACGGAGGGCAGCGCUCACUUCUUCUUCUACAACCUGGGAGGUCUCGCGAAUUCCGACAGGCCGGUCUUCAACGAGUUCAUUAAUGCCGGCCUUUUAAGCAUCACUGAUAUUUUGGAUCCCAAUCUUAGCUGGGAUUAUCCAACUUGGUAUUUCCACCAAGUGCUCCUCAUCAACGAUUGCCUCCAUCGAUCUCGAUUCAUGGCAGAGCGCGUAUUUUUCUUUGAUUAUGAUGAAUUCUUGCAGGUUCCUGCUCCGGACUCGCUUAAAAUGUUCAUGAGGCGGCACGCGAAGGAACCUUGGAUCAGUUUUGGUAGCAUAUACGCCAACACCAAAGACUGCCGAUUGCCAAAGCCUGGGGAAUCCGAGACUCUCUUUGAGCGCAUGGUGUGGCGUCGUCCGAGACCCGAAUGUAGAAUUCAGCAAGCGAAAUAUGAGGGUCCUCCCGUUGAUGCGUUGCAUUGCAUAGGUCCACUCGGCAGGCGCAAAUAUGUCGCCAACCCUCGAAAGACAUUCGCCGCUGGGGUGCAUUGGGUCACUAUACCCAAAAAUGGGCUGGACCUUAGUGGCAAUGGGGCGCACAUUUUACACUAUCGCAGUGCACCGUUACCAAAGACUAGGCUCUGUUCAAACAAUGUGACGAUGGACGGUACUGACGACGACGGAGAAGCAAGCGUCUUAGAAGACGGCUGGAUUCAAGAUGACCAAGUCUCUCAAAUAUUCAAAAGGGCCAAGUCCUACCCCAUUGUUCCCUUCAUUCGGAACGCUGCAGCGGGAGGCUUCUAGUAGCAACAAAUCAUUUUUAUUUUCACCUGAAUCGUUACGUGGAUCUGUAGCUCAUGUUCCACAACAACCCUUUUCUACCUAUCAAAGACGUAGAAUGUGUACAGAUCUGAGGCGCCAUUUAAAUUGUACGUGUUGAAUUCAUUCUAAAACUUAAGCCAAGUGAUUCACCACUUGUGCUGACGAUCAAACCAAAACUUGUGCUGUCAAUCAAUCAAUCAAUCAAUCAAUCACGUUGUAAAACCAAGUCCCAUUCCUAGAC